GGAAAAAACCAGCUUAAAAAGAGGCCAAAGAGAUCUCUGUGAUCUCUCACUUGAUCACCAUCAUCGAUCAGCUCCACAUUUUUCUUUUUCCUUCAUUUCUUUUGCUGGGGGUGGGGGAGAUCUUCAGGAAGGAGGGGGAGGAGGAGAAGAAGAAGUCCGUUCUUGCUCUGUUUGAUCUCAGUAGGGAAAAGAGGGGGGGAGAGAGAGGAAGAGAUAUAGAGAAGGAAGAAGAAGAUGGGGAGCAGUUUCUUUGGAGAUCCGAACAUGAGAGGCUCGUCUUCGUCGUCAUCGAACUCGUCGAGGAAGAGCAAGAAGAGCAACUCGGACAAGCCGAAGCAGCCGCAGAGGGGGCUCGGGGUUGCUCAGUUGGAGAAGAUCAGAUUGCAUGGCCAGUUGGGUUGUCCCAGCUUCCUUCCCAAUAAUUCACUCCCCAACCCUUAUCACCAUCCUCAUCCUCAUCAACCCUCCGCCUUCACUCAAGAGGAUUUGAGAAUGCAAAAUGCUUAUUCAUCAGUACCAUCGUCAUCCUUCUCUUAUUCUUCAUCUUCCUCUCCCUCAGCCUCUUAUGGAUUCAACCCCCACUUGAUGAUGGGUUUGAGCGAUUAUGAGAGAGCAAACGUCAGAUAUGAUGAUUCCCAGCCUACUAAUGCCGCAAGUUGGAACGCUGGCAGUGGCAUGUUGGAGAUCCCGCAAUAUGGGCAACAACCAAAUAUGACCAGACACCUCCUUAAUCUGCAUGUUGAGGAUUCCCAAGAGAAUAAGAACAAGAAGCACAGAAGCAGCUCGAUAGGCUCGAGCAGCCAUAACUCCGAAUCUAACGACAACCAAGAAGUAGAUUUGGAGCUUAGACUCUCGCUUUGAUCCUGAUCACAUCAUGAGAAAGAAUAUCGUGGUGGGGAUACUGAAUUCCAAUGCUAUUUACCUGCAUUUAUGGGAGUUCAGCGCGAGGGGGAUCUAAGAAAGUGUUUGAAAGGUGGAACGAGGAAACGGAGGCCAACUUAUUUGAAGUUUCAUCUACGAAGAACUUGUGUAAUGAAAGGUAGAUUGACUUCUGCACAAGACAAUGAAAUAUUUUUUCCCCUCAUUAGUUGUCAAAGAAAGGAGAUGUGCAUUGUUUCUUUUAUCUUUUACAAAUCUAUAAGGU